CGAGUUCAGACGCAACACGCAUUCGCCAGGCUGCGACUCUGGGAACCGGCCGAACUGUGGGGAUACAGCGCACCUCAAGUUCGGCCACUUCUUCAACUCGCACUUGCACACCACGCCAUCCCCACCCCCGAGGCUUUUUUGUUCUCUUUUGGCGCCUCUGCAUUCCCAACAGCACGCCAACACCCGCGGCCCCCCCAACGCUCCGUCCCGAGACCUAAACUAGGGCCCGUCCAUGGAUGUGCAGCCCGACCUCGAAACUUGUGUGUGUGCCAACAACCGCCGCUCGUUGCAGGUGCUGCGCCAUGUGGCCCGGCGCCUGAGCGCCUCCAGCUUCGCUCUCCUUUGUUAGAGAUACCCAUCCGGCGUUUUCAGUUAUUCUUGUUGCUGGUGGUUUAUUACUUUUUAGUGUAUUAGUUAUACCCUUUUCGGGGCGCUCGCUGCUGCGAUGGCCGCUGCCCCAGCACCUGCCCCGCACAUGGAUACUUCAACAUCCUGGUUGCUGUUGGAAGACGAGACGACGGAAACGCGCUUGUUGGUUCUGGUCACCCAGGUUCUUGGCCUCAGCCCGGGCAUCGCCCAGGUACACCAUUCGUUCAGGGAUUUGGGAGGAAACGAACAGCAUGCCGUCGCGCUGAGGAAGGCUUGCAUGGCUGCCGGAAUGGACGUCAAGGUCAAGGAUAUCCUGCGCUGCCCGACCCUCGCCGAGUUGCAAACAUGCAUCACGCAGUGCGCGCCACAAAACCCACACCCGCAUUCCGAACCCGACGCCCCCGAGCCCGUCAUGAUCGCACCGCUAGAGAUCCACCGAGCAAGCCGCAUGUCGAUAAUGCCCGAACCCGAAGACGGCCACCUUCGGAAAUCGAGCGUGACCCGUUUGGACGCGGACGUCAGCCGGAGAACAGACAUUGAACACGCGUUAGGGUCACAGCCAGAGGUUGGGAGGAUAGCGGGAAUACGGCCGAAGGCAGGACUGCUCGAUGGGAAGUUCGUUGCUCUCCUCACGCUAGCGAGCACGCAAACAACACAGGAAAACCCGACCGCGGUCAACCUCAUUCCCCAGUCACACGCUCUUUUCGCUGGUACCCAGGUCGCCCGCCUAAAACGCGCUGCCGAGGCUGUGCUCCCAGCCGAAGCCAUUCCAGACCUGUGGAUUGUUUUGGACGGAAUGCCCCUGACCGAGGCCGGCGAUGUCGACAUGCGGCGGUUGCGGACCUGGGCCCAGAAUAUCAACGAGGACGUCUACCACCAAGCUCUGAGCCUAGAACACCAGGAGACGCUGCAAAACCCAGAAUCGGGCAUGGAAAAGUCAAUACAGAGGCUGGUUAGCAAGGUGUUGGAUGUGCCCCAAGGCCAGAUUGGCGUGAACUUCUCCUUCUCCCAGCUCGGCGGCGACGAGAUGACCGCCAUGGAGCUGGCCGCCAGGUGCAAGCACGAGUCCAUCUACAUCAACCCAUCCGACGCUCUCGGGUCCAUGACGCUCUCCGAACUCGCUGCUAUUGCCGCGUCUCGGGGUGGCCUGGCGCACAAAUGGGACGAGGAAACGUCGGACUGCUUUGAUCUCUCGCCGAUGCAGCACUUGUACUUCCAAACGGGCAUGGGCGGUGAUCUGAGGCGGAGACCUGCGCUUGAUGGGAGCUACCGCUUCAACCAGAGCCUGCUCUUGCGGCUCAAAAAAGUCUUCUCCUUCGAGGACAUAUCGGCUGCAAUCGAGGCUGUUGUCGCCCAUCACCCAAUGUUAAGGUCGCGUUUUGGCCGAGGCUUGAAUGGCUGGGUACAGAGGGUUCUUCCCGAGAUCGCCGGCUCCUACACCUUAUGCCACAGCGAAAUUCGAUCCGAGCGCGAGUUGGAAGACAUUAUCGAACGGACACAAAUGUCGAUCAACGUCGAGACCGGGCCGAUCUUCGCCGUUGACUAUCUCACUACUAAUGACGGGCAACAGUUAGUGUACGUCGUUGCGCACCACCUCGCGGUUGACCUCCCCUCCUGGCGCACCAUCAUUCAUGACCUCGACGAGCUGUUGGAAAACGGAAGUUUAUUGUCGCAGAGGUCCAUGCCCUUUCACAAGUGGGUAGACCUCCAAAAGGCAGACGCUCUAGGUCCGAACCCCCAGGACCUCCUCCCUUUUGCCCUCCAACCUGGGGAUUACGCCUAUUGGGGUCUCCAAGACACGCCGAAUACGUACGGCGAUGCCGCCGAGGUCAGCUUCUCGUUGAGCCAAGAGCUUACCACCAUCCUGCAAAGUUCUUGCAACCAGGUCUUCAAGACCGACUCUGUUGACGUCUACCUCGCCGCCCUCGUGCUCUCUUUUGCCCAGACCUUUCACGACCGACCCGUGCCCGCCGUGUGGAAUCAAGAGCACGGUAGAGAUCCAUGGAACCCGGACAUCGACAUCUCCGAGACUGUGGGCUGGUUCACAUCCCUUUGCCCAGUUAGUCUCAAGGUAGAUACUUCGGACGACUUCAUCAAGGUAUUGCGCCACUUGAAAGACACUCGCCGAUCGAUCCCAGCGCGCGGUGCUCAGUACUUCGCCUCGAGAUUUUACCAUUACGACAAGGAGGACUUGGCAGCAAAAGACUGGCCGUUCGAGCUCAUCUUUAGCUAUGCGGGCUCGUUGCAACACCUAGAGCGUGACAAUGGAGUGAUGGAGCAGCUUGCUAUCCCCGGCCGGACGCUGGCGUCCAUGACAUCGGAUAUUGGGGCGAACGUGGGCCGGAUUGCGUUGUUCGAGGUCAGCGCCAUGGUUGACCAGGGGAGCGCCAAAAUCAAGUUUCUGUACAACCGCUUUUCCAAAGACCAGGCUCGGAUCACGCAAUGGGUUCAGAACUACGAGCACCUCCUCCUCGAGGCUAUCGGCAGGCUCAGGUACCACCCACAGGAGCUGACUCAAGCAGACGUUCCCCACCUCGACGUGACAUACGAAGGUCUCGAGAAGUUCAACAAGGAGCGCGUCGCCACUCUCAAACUCGCCAGCGUUCGGGAUGUCGAGACAAUUUACCCAGUUACUGCUGUUCAGCAAAGCAUCUUGAUCAGCCAGGCGCAGCGUCCGGACACGUGCUACUUGCAUGCAAUAUACGAGUUUGCGUCCCCCACCGGGGAUCCGAUUGACAUAUCCAGGAUAUGCAACGCGUGGCAACAAGUCACCAUGAGGCAUGCAGCGCUCAGGACCAUCUUCACCGAGAGUGUUACCGAAACGGGUCUUUGGGACAAGGUCAUCCUCCGCCGAACCUCGCCCGAGAUGCUGUUCAUCGAUACCGCGCCCGCCGAGGAUCCGGUGUAUGAGCUGAGCAACUUGCCGAACCUGCGACCGACGGAGAGCAAACCGCUUCACAGGCUCACCGUCUGCAAGGCCCCCACCAGGACGCUGGUGAAGUUGGAUAUCAGUACAGCGCUGUGCGAUUCCCUGAGCAUCCAUGUUCUUCUCCACGACUUGCGUCGGGCUUAUGCCACGGAACGAGCCAUCACCGAGGCUGACCAAUUCUCUUACCCCCAUUACCUUUACUUCCUCAAGACCGCCCGGCAAGAAAGCAGCCUUGUCUUUUGGCGUGAGAAGCUGACAGGCAUCCCCCCCUGUCUGUUCCCCCGCCUUACCAUACUUCCCGGCGAACUCGGGUUUGUAAAUACCUGCGUCGAACUCGAUAUCACUUCGUACCAGCUCUCGGGUUUCACCCGCACGCAAAAGACGACAGUCGACGCCGUCCUUCGGCUCGCAUGGGGUCUCAUUUUACGGUGUUUCACCGGUUCCAACCAAAUUUGCUUCGGGUUCCAGACAGUGGGCCGCGACGAUUCCAUACUCGGGAUGAGACACGCCGUGGGCUCCUUCUCCAAUACGAUCGCGUGUGCCUACGAAUUGGCGACGUACAGUCCGGUGGCUGCGGCACUACAAAUGGUCGAAGAGCACCUCCUCACCUGCCUCCCCCAUCAGCACUUCACGUUGGCCGAGCUCCAGCAUGGUAUGGGGAUGAAGGGCGGGGAUCGGCUUUUUAACUCUUGUUUAACUUUCACCGAAGAGCCGGCAGGGCUGAACAGCAAAUUCACGACCCGAACGACGUCCGAGCUCAAACCCAUCUCGCUGCAGCAGACUUUCGACGUGGAUAUUGUGGUCAACACCCGAUUCACGGCCGGCAAGUUGACUGUAGACAUUGGGCAGCGUGUGAUGUCUCCGGAGCAAUCCGUCAACGUGGCGAACACGUUCGGCGGAGCCAUCCGCGCCAUCUUGGCCUCUCCCAACACGUCCGUCGGCUUGGUUGACCUCUUCAGCGACAGAGAUUACGCCCAGAUACUCGCCUGGGAGGCCGAGUCGCCGCCUGAAGUAGAGGAGCAGGCACAGAACGUGGUCCAUGACCUAGUGUCACGACAGGCCACCAUACAACCGGCAUCGCAAGCCAUCUGCUCCUGGGAUGGAUCCCUCACUUAUCUCCAGCUUGAAGAGGAGGCGACCAGGCUUGCCCAUCAUCUUGUCGACGCGGGUGUCGGGCCCCACUCCGUGGUGCCAGUCGUAAUGGACAAAUGCAAGCUUGCGCCCGUGGCCAUGGUCGCUGUGCUGAAGUCGGGUGCUGCGUUCGUCCCGGUCGACUCGCUAGAACUCGGCAUGAUCCAGCCCAUCUUUGAGCGUCUCAACUCGAGAGUAGCCAUCUCAUCAGAGCUUGCCGCCCCGGUUCUCACCAACCUCUUUGAUCGAGUCGUCGUCCUGACUGACGACUUGAUGAGCGUCCUGCCACGAGGCGAAGGGCCGCUAACUUCGAUGGCCGCCCCGAGCGAUCCAGCAUGCAUCCUCUUUGUGCCGAUAUCGUCGACCGACGCGAGGGGGUUGACCUUCAGCCACGCAGCACUGUCCACGUCUCUCAUGGGGCAGGGGCCCGCCGCACGGAUUUCGCCUCUUAGUCGCGUGAUGCAGCUCUCAUCGUUCAACGUGGACAUUUGCAUCACCGAGAUCUUCACCACACUCGCAUACGGCGGCUGCGUUUGCGUACCUUCUGCCGCGGAGAGGUUGCAAGAUUUCAGCGCUGCCGCCAACCGGAUGCAGGUCAACUGGUCCUAUAUGACACCACUCCUGUCCCGAAAGGUGGACCCAACACUUCUGCCGUCGCUCAAGGUCGUUUGCUUUCGGACUAGGGGGCUCGACGACGACACGUACAGCAUUUGGCACGGAAAAGCCAACGUUGUUCUGGCGUAUGGAUCACAAGAUGUGUGCCCCCUGGGCAUCGCUUUCCUUGAAGCUCUCGGCCCUCAGCAUUUGAAGAGUAUCGGCCGACCUUUCGCGGGCAAUCUCCUGAUCGUCAACCCGGAAGACCACAAGAAGCCCGUGCCGGUCGGGGCGGUUGGAGAGUUGGUCGUUGAGGGCCCCACGCUGGGAUUCUCGUAUCCGAAUCGGGAGUCAACCAUGACCCCUCUGUCGCCCCUCGGGCCUGCUUCUGGGGGAAGAGCACGGUAUUUGAAGACCGGACAUCGCGCGCGGUACACUGAAAGGGGUCUGAUGGAGUUCAUCUCCAGCAAGCGAGACGACAUCGACAUGGAUGGCAAAGUCAUCAAUCUCACCGAGAUCGAGCAGUACCUGCGUCGUUGCCUGGGGCAAGGGGUUGAUGUUGUUGUCGAAACAGUCAUAUUUCGGGGCCCGGCGAAGAACGAUACCAUCCUGACCGCUUUUAUUGAGCUUGGCGACCGUUUUGGUAACGAAGAGACGCUCACGUCACUGAGCUCGACAACUAAGGAGCAGCUUGCACUGGCAAAGCAGCUGGUUACAAUGGGGCUGAAGAACACGUUUCCACCGUCCAUGAUCCCUUCAGCUUUUAUCCCAGUCAAACAUCUUCCCAUCACACCCUCACUCAAGGUUAACCGACGACGGCUGCAGAAGAUGAUCGCCGGCCUAACCAAGGACGAUCUUCUGGGCCUUGCCACCGUGCCGAACAAGGGUAACUUCCAGCAUCUCAAACCCUUGCCCUUGACCCAAGGCGAGGAGAAGAUGAGGGCUAUCUGGGCACGAGUACUGGGUAUCGAGGAGGCCAAGAUCUCGGCUAUCGACAGCUUCUUCAGCGUUGGCGGAGAUGAUAUCGCAGCCGCACAGCUAGUCGCUGUGUGCAAGCAACAAGAUAUUGCUAUAUCCAUCGCCGAUGUGCUUCGCGGCGCGACAUUAACAGACCUCAGUCAGGCGGUCGUUACUGUAGAGUCGCCACAAAUUAUGCAGGAGGCCUCGCCGGCACCCCCAACCACAUCGCCGUCGCCGGUACCCCUCAACCCGAACGCGAUCAAAGAGGUCUUUAUUGAGAAGGUGAUUGCCCCGGGGGUUGGAGUCGACGCUAGCGUGAUCGCCGACGCGGCCGAGGCAUCAUCGGCACAGAUCCGGUACAUCGAGACCGGCAUGCUUCGGGGUCGUACGAACAUCAACUAUUUAAUCUUCAAUUUCACCGGCGCCGUCGACUCGAAGAAGCUGGAGGAGGCUUGCAAGACGUUGGCAACAAUACACCCGAUCCUACGCACGGCAUUUGUCCCACACAACCGCCGAGUGUACCAAGCUGUCAUCAAGUCUAGCGGCAUCGAGUUUCGCCGGCAUUACUGCCCGACAUGGCGGCUUGCUAACAUGCUGGACAAGGUGAUCAAGAAAGACCAAAGCACAGCCGUCGGAUUCGAAAAUCCGGUGACCAAGUUCAUGUUUCUCGACGGUAGCAAGCAGUCAAUCCUCAUCCUGCGGCUCUCCAAGGCACAGUACGACGAUCUGUCCGUUGCGCUGCUGGUCAAGGAUCUCAAGAGGUUAUACGACGGCUCUCAGAAGCCACCUCGCCGGCCAACCUUCUGCGACUUUAUGCGUACCGCUCAAGCCGCCAAUUCCAACGGGGCCGAAGAAUACUGGCGUGCGUUGCUUGAGGGCUCCCAGGUGACCCAGGUCGUCGCGCAUGUGCAGCCCUACGACAUGUCGACAGACAUCCAGACGGUUCGAAACCCUGCGCUUGCGCUGGGUUCGCUUUCUAGCCUCGGGAUAUCCUUCGAGACGGUCCUCAAGGCGGCUUGGGCAAUGGUGCUCGCGAAUCUCUCGGCGUCUUCUGACGUCGUCUUCGGAGAGGUCAUCGAUGGCCGCCAUGUUAGACUUCCGGGGGGGCAUUCAGUCGCCGGCGUAAUGGGGCCUACUGUUAAUGCCACGCCCGUCCGAGUUCAGUUCCCAGAUACCCCACUGACGCCGGUGAACUUGCUGCAAUACAUCCAUGCACAGCGCAUGUCGGGCAUCCCGUUCGAGAAUCUCGGAUCAUUGGCCAUCGUGGAGAAAUGCACGCCUUGGCCAUAUUGGACUCGGUUUAGCACGCUGGUGCAGCAUCAGUACGAAGACACGGCCAUCAACCCGUCGGAGCCCAAGUCGUUCCACCUUGGCACCGCCUCCUGCAAGUUCACUAUCCACGAGUCGAAGGCCCAGGAUAUGCCCGACUUGUGGGUGAGAUCUCUUGUGCGCCCGACAAACCGUGUCGAAAUCUCCAUCUCGUUUUGUGCCGACCGUCUUACCGAGAAGUUUGCUGAACACGCACUGCGCAUGCUCUGCUCGACCAUCAGCCUCCUAACGAGCGUCAGCAUCAUGCAGCCCGUUAUCCCGUGCGGGUACCAGUACCGGAGCAUGAUUAAGAGGAUUCCGUUGCCGGCGAAGCCCACCGUGAGCGAUGACUCGGAAGCGGACAGCAGCAUCAUGAAUACUCUGAGCAAGGAACAGAUCGAGGCCGUCCAGAUGGUUAUUCGAGAUACUUGGACAUCGAUCCUCAACCCCAGUGCAUUGGGCGUGCCCGAGGCCCAAAUCCACAACGCGGCGUUCUUUGAUCUCUGGGGAAGUCUCAUCCCGGCCUCUCAGAUUAUGCGGCGGCUCAACGCCGAGCUCCCCAGGGUCAACCUGCCAGGAGCAGAUGCCAAUCUACAAAUCGCCAUGGAAGAAAUUGUCGAGAACCCAACCAUGCUGAAACAGUUUGAGCUCGUGGCAUCCAAGCUCAAGCCCCAGCCCGGUAAAGAGGCACCGAAGGGUAGAGAGAAGGAAAAAGAGAAAGAAGUCGACAAGAGCAGCGGGGGGACGCGACCACCGCCACAGGCCCACAAGAGGAGACCGAGCAUCGGGAAUGUCGGAAUGCCAUCGCCCUCCUUUGGCAGCCGCCUUCGUCGGUUUGCCAGCACUGUCGCCCGGAAUACAUCCCCGCCAACCAACAACAAUAACGUCACGGCCGCCGUUAUAAAACAUCCCACAAACUUCCAACCCCCGCCGACCCCGACCUCCCCGGUCGCCAUCGGCCUCGCCUCGGCCAUGGUCGCCGACCUCCCUCCCCUCUCUCCAAGAGUAAUCCCUAGCCCCAACAUGCCAGGCAUCAUCACGCCGCGCAGCACUCCAAAGAUCCCGGGCAGCUCUAGCCCCGGGCUGAAUGUCCCUACCGCCGCCCCACAGCUCCCCAAUCUCCCGGCCUUCGACCCCAUCGCCGAGGAGGCCGAGCCGCCAUACGACGACUACGGCAUCACCAACACGCGCGGCGGCGCAACCCAGGCCCCGGUGUUCCGUCAGAGCCAGACGCUCACCACACCGCCGCAGGGCCACGGCAUCGGCAUCUUCCUCGGCGAGCCCGACAGCAUGACCGAGGGCAGCAGCGCGAGCAGCACCAACGCCAGCACCGAGAUGACGCUGGCCAUGGCCAUGAGCAUGGGCAGCGGCCACGGUGGCGGCGCGCUGCCGCCGCCCGCGAGGAGCGAGAUCAAGAAUUCCGACCUCGAGCGCGACGCGCCCAAGGAUACCGGCACCCGGAACACCGACCGCGACACCCUCGGCCCCCUGCCGGGUAACAUCGCGGCAGCCUACGUCGGGAAGGCGCCCGUCAACAUGCGUGUUGUGCUGCCGCCGCCGGGGACGGGGCUGCGGCCUGCUACUGGUGGAGGUGGCGGUGGUGGUGGUGGGGCGCAGGAGGCGAUGGAGGAUCUCGUCAGUCCGCUGAGUGCGGUCACGCUGACGCCGGGGAGCGCGGGCAGGCAGGUGGGCGGGAUGCAUCAGCAUCAGCAGCAGUAUCAGCAGUAUCAGCAGGGGCAUGGUUAUGGUCAGGGUCAGGGUGGGCAGGGGAGUGCGGCGCCGGUGUCGGCUGUUUCGGCUCCGAGCCCGGGGACGCCUGCGAGGCGGGGUUAGAUAGGGGUUGGGUUGGAUGGGGGCGUUUUGGUGGUUGGUUUUUUGUCUGGUGGGUGGUGAUGAUUGUGAUGAGUGAACGUGGUUUUGGAUGUCGCUUGCUCGGAUGUGUUUUAGAAUGAUCUUGGGGCGUUGGAAAGUUUGGUUUCUUGUUGUGAGGUUCUGUUGUUUGUAUAUACCUGGGCUGUUAGGUUUUGGUGAUACCGUCUUCAGCAUGGCGUUUGCCGACAGGAGGGGAGUUGGGAUAUUGAUGUUUUAAUGCUGUUACACGACGAGAAUGUCCGGUUCUGUGAUAGAUGCUUACUUGUACAUCCGUGCUCAGCAACUGGGCCUCCGUCAUAUUGAAUCGAGGGUACUUGUGCGGACACGAUUUCCAUUUGGUCACCCAUAGAAGGGCGUAAUUUACACUUAAGUACGCGGAUCAAA